ACCUCUGAGCGCGUUGGUCACAUGGGGCUUCCGUACGCAAGGCACGCACGGAACGUACAGCCCGCACCGUGUGUGAGUGGCGCAGCGAAGUGUCGGGGCCAGGCCGCGGAAGCGUCAGCUGAAUAGUACCCCCGGAGGCUGGAAAAGAGGGUCCCUCCGAGGCGGAGGACCCUGACUCCCUAGGAGCACAAUGUACAAUGGAAUCGGACUCCCCACCCCAAGGGGCAGUGGAACCAAUGGCUACGUCCAACGCAACCUGUCCUCUGUCAGACACAAGAAGGACAGGACCGAUUACAAGUCCGAGGAGGAACUGAAGAAGCUGGAAAACCUCCUGGUGAAGAAACCAAACCAGGAUAUCUUAGAUCACGAGAGGAAAAGAAAGGUGGAGCUAAAAUGUUUGGAACUGGAGGAGAUGAUGGAGGAGCAAGGGUACAGCGAAGCUGAGAUCCAAGAGAAAGUGGCCACAUUCAGACUGAUGCUGCAAGAGAAAGAUCUGACGCAAAGCAAAGAAGAGGAGAAGCAGAAAGCCAAUAUUUCAGAGACGCAUCAAAUGGCCGAAGCAAACGAGAAGAAGAAUGAGCGGCUACGUGAGGCUUUCGGGAUCAGUGACAGCUAUGUGGACGGGAGCAGUUUCGACCCCAAUCGCAGAGCUGCCAAUGCAGCAGCCAAACAGCAGGAGCAGCAGAAGCAGUAUAGUCUGAUUGAAGAUUCUGGCAGUUCUCGCUCCCCUUCUCCCACCAAACACAAGAAAAAGAAGAAAAAGAAAGAUCGUGGACGGUCCUCAAGUCGCUCUCCCAGCCACAAGGACAAGAAAGCCAAGUCCCGUAAGCACAGAUCUGACUCCAACUCCAAGAAGCGGAAGCACAGCCCAAAGAGCAAACGUAAAACCAAGGAGAAGAAAAAAAAGAGAUCUCCUAGUGCCUCCCCAAAGCAGAGAGACGUUUCCUCCUCUUCACGAGAUGAAACAUCACGCAGCAGAUCGAGAAGCAGCCCACCACCGAGAAGCAAAUCCGAUCGUGCCAAGCCGUCAAGCGCGGCAAAGGAGAGCCCAGAAAGGAAAAGAUCCGUCUCUCCGAAAAGAAAUCGGAGAAGCGACAGAGGCCGAAGCCCAGCGGAAAAAGGCUAUAAAGAUAAAGUAUCAAGAAAAGAGCUGGAUCAGAGAGACCGUUCUCUUUCUACAUCUCCUAAAAGACGUACAGAAAAAGAGGAGGUGCGAGAGCUUGAUAAGAAGGCGAGAACUCUGGAAAAGAAGGACUCUAGAUCUGAAAAAAAAUCAUCACGUCCACAAGCUCGUGAAGAUUCACCCAGUUCCAGCAAGGUGUCCAAAAAGAAGGGUCGACAGGAGAGUCCACAAGGGCAUGAACGCUUCUCCAAGGAAAAAGGUGUAGAAAGGAUAUCUAAAGCAGUUUCUCCAGAGACCAGAAGGUCCCCAGUUGGGAAAGGUGUGUCUGCAAAAGUGUCAAGGAGGGAAAGAAGUUCUUCUCGAAAUAAAAACUCGCCACAGAAGUACAAGGAGUCCUCUCCAAGAUAUGACAAAUACUCUGGAAGCAGGCGCUCUCCCGUAGCUUCUAGCAAGAAGCGAUCACCAAGUGUUCGUUCCUCUUCUCGUUCAUCGUCUUCCUCUUCUGCAACCUCAGAAAGUGUAAAGUCCAGUCAGUUAAGAAGGAAAAAGGAUGAGGGAAGAGGCCUAACCCACAGCAAGGAGAAUAAAACCACCAGAGCUAGUUUAGGUGCGAGAGAUGGUAAACCUGAGAGGUCAGUGAGUCCAAUAAAAGAAGCAAAAUCUAAGGUUUCUCCAUCCAGGCGAAAUACUCACAACAGCAUUUCCAGGAAGAGGAGUGUAUCUACUAGUCCCCCUAGAGGUGUUAAAUCAAAGACACCUCCAAAGAAACGCAGAUCUCCUUCAAAUACACCUCCCAGGAGGGCUCGAUCGAAAACGCCUUUACGUAAAGCCAGAUCUCCCCCAUAUUCACCCCCAAAAAGGACACGCUCCCCUCAGCGGAAAGCUAAGUCUCCCAGUGACUCCCCUAGAAAAGGGCGUGGCCCAGCAGUUUCUUCUCCAAGCAGAAAUCGAUCAAGAACACCACAGCGCUGGGCAAGAUCUGUUUCACAAACCCCUCCAAUACACCACAAGGAGAGAGACAGAUCUUCUCAGGGAUAUGGAAAACGUAGAUCUCCACAGCGAAGGCUGGAUACAUCAAGAGAAAUGCAUAAGAGAGAUUCUUACAAGCAGACAUCUAAAAGUAGGGCAAAUUCCCGUUCUAGAUCUCCAGUGGGACAUGCAAAGUCAAGCAUACAAUCACCUCAGAGAAAAGCUAGAUCUCGUUCUAAGUCUCCAUACACUAAACAAAGGUCAAGAAGUCGCACUCCAACUCAGAGAGAGAGCUCAUUUUCUAUGUCUUUAAAUCAGAGGAAGAGAUCUAGAUCUAGGUCUGAACAGACACGAAAGAAAUCGCGAUCUGCGACUCCUCGAAAAAGAGGUAGAUCUCGUUCCACAUCAGUGCAGCAGCGUAAACAUUCACCUUCUGUGUCACCGAAUGAUUCCAGGUCACGUUCCAGGUCUCCUAUGAAGGAAACCAAGUCCCGUUCUAAGAUUGUUUCCAGGCAUUCUAGAUCGCGUAGUCAAUCACCUCUGAUAAACAAGUCCCGGUCUCGAACACCUAAGAGAAAAGAGCGAUCCCGUUCAGCAACUAAGUCCUACUCCAAAAUAACACAAACAAAGAGAACUUCUCCCAAUGUGCGUGAGGUCACAAAAUCUAGAAAAAAGUCCUCUUCACGUUCCUUGUCACCUCAACAACAAACGUUUAGUCGCAGAUCUUUGUCACCCAAGAAACACAGCAGCUCUAGAGAUAACCAAAAGAAAGUUGAUUCAAGGUCACCCUCUCCAAAAAAAUCUACAUCCAGAACAGAGAGAGCAAAACUGGACUCUAGCAGACAAGGUUAUAGCUCUUCACCAGAGCUAAGAGUAAGGAAUAAAAAACUCAGUCGGUCUCCUGAACAGACUAAAACAUAUAGAACAUCAGUUGCAAAACAGUCUUUGCAAAAAGAGAGUUAUCGCAGGAGUCGAUCAAGAUCUCCUGCCACUCGGAAGCCACAUGAUAAAUACAAAGAAAACAGUUCUCUUCCUAGCAAGAAAAUCUCUUCUAGAGAUGGCACAAGUUCUGGAGCACCUUUAGGACGAGCUGUGUCUCCCUCUCCUGAACAUAAAGAGCGAGUUCAGCAUCGGGUCCUGGAUACCAAGUCACGAGAAUCAUCUAGGCAAAGCAGGGAUGAUUUUUCAAGGUCUUCAGCAAAAGUGAAAGAAUCUCAGUCUGAUAGGAUGCUUGCUCAGAAAGAAAGGCCAAGAGUCUCCCCACAUGGUCACUCUGGUUCCUCUUCAGAGCGUGAGAUUAAAUCUAAGACACCUCCAAAAAAAGGAGCAUCUGGCACACUUGUGGGGCAUAAAAGCAAAGAGACAUUUCAAUAUAAAGAUAAGUCAGGUUCCUCUUCAGAAAGUAAAUCAAGGCUCAAAUCACCACAGCAUAAGCACAAGUCUUCUGAGCUUGUCGAUAAAACAAAGCAUUAUCAGCGCAAAGCCAGGGCCAGCUCCUCAUCCUCAUCACAUUCUGAAAAUGAUUCAAGCCGUUCAAGAAGCCGGAACAGAUCUGGAUCUUCAUCAGAUCGUCUGCGUAAAGCUAAACCAUUACAAGUAAGAUCUAGUUCUGGAGCGAGUUCAAAGGAAAAAUCUAAGAGUCAGUCUUCACAAAAGGUUAGUUCUAGAUCCUCCUCAGAACAUGAAACGCGAUUAGAAAAGGAAGCAAAGUUGGUAAAACACAUGGUUUAUACUAGGUCCUCUUCUGAUGAUGAAUCUAAUUCAAAGAAUCACCAAACCAAGCAGAGAUUUGAAGAGUCCCUAGGAAGUCCCUCAAAACCAAGGCCACCAAAACAUAGCGAUGUGGCAAUGUCCUCUUCAGAACAUAAAUCUAGACCCAUAAAGCACAGAACUAGUUCAGCCUCUUCUUCAGAACGACCGCUUAAAGCAAAAGUACCAGCAGAACGCCAACCUAUUCGGGCACGUAAAAGUAGAUCAAGUUCUGGAUCCUCUUCUGAUCCCCAGUCUGACUCUAGAGUAAUGCAACAAAAAAAAUCUGUCCCCUCCUAUUCUAAAUCUAGACCAAUCCAAAGCAAAGCAAGCGCAGUGACUCGGCAAACUAGAUCUAGACCACCGCAAAGAAAAAACAGUUCUGGGUCAUCUUCUGAACGUCACCCCUCAUCUAGGGCACUACACAGGAGCAGCAGCUCUGGAUCUCAUUCAGAUCAUGUUAAAACUAGGAGAACCCAGCACAGAAGUUCUUCUGAAUCAUCCUCUGAACAAGAGUUAAACCAAUCUCGGCGCAGAAGUAGUACUUCACCAUUACAACAUGACAAAAAGUCUAGGCUGUCCCACCGAAGUAGUUCAGAAUCAGUAGAAAGAGAACAUAAAUCCAGACCACCACCCCAUAGAUCUAGCUCUGAAUCUUCAUCAGGGCAGGAUUCUGAAUCAAGGCUCUCUGAACCUAAAGACUUUUCUCGAUCGUCAUUGGACCAAAAAGAUAGAUCCAGACAGCCUAGAUCUAAAGACCGUGAUCAGUCACCGGAGCAUAGAACGCCUCAAGAAAAACGCGUUUCUAGAUCACCUGAAAGUGAUGGCAGGCAUAGGACUCCUGCACAACCCGUGUCUCCAAAAUCCCCUCAAAGUAAAGCUGGUACAGAACGACUUAAGAGAGAGAAAACGAGGCGCAAUGGCAAGUCUGAAUCAUCAUCUGAGGGAGAAGAAUCUUCUAAAGCACCCCCACAUCGAACACAAUUUGGCUCACCUCUACAGACACUUAGAUCUUCCACUGAUGCACUUAUCCGUCGAUCGAAGUCUCCAGCAUUGACCACAAAAUCUGACCCACAGCAGACAUCUUUAAGUACAGGUUCACCAUUACAAAUUCACUGGAAAACAGCCUCACCUCUUUCACCUAAAGAUACUUCUACUAACCGGCAUAAAACGGGUAUCCAUUCUUCAAAUGUUGGGACUGAAUCUUUCACUGCAUUUGCUGAUGAAUCAUUAGGGCAUUCUAAUGCAACUGAAGCUGAAGACCAGUUUUCACUUUAUGCUGGUUUGGUUCCACCACGUGAAACUGAUAAGAGUAAGUCUUCUCCCAGAGAAAAUGUGAUUAAUGUGGAUAAACAUUCCACAGUUCAAGCUGGGCUCUGUCCAGCAAUAAAUGGGUCAGAGACUAAAUUAGAUCUGCCUCUUUUGACUGAGAGUCAGCAGUCUGAUUCAGAUUUAAAAGCUCCUUCAUCACACCCCAGCAUAGAAGAGGCAACGUCUCGAACUGAAUAUGUUCUAUCAGAAAUGACAUCAGAAUCUCAAUUAAAUGAAUUGUCCCCAGGCAACAAAGAAAGUCAGAAACAUCCAUCCAAGAGAGGGAAAUCUGGCUCUCUGUGCUCAUCAUCAUCCUCUUCUUCCUCCUCGUCAUCAUCCUCUUCGUCGUCGUCGUCAUCUUCGUCAUCGUCCUCUUCUUCCUCCUCCUCAUCCUCCUCCUCUUCAGAAGAUGAGGAAGAGAAUUCUUCAAAAAAGCAAAAGCAAAAUAUUGUAAUGUCGCCACCCUCAAAGAGGUUAAAGACAACAGUCAGUCAGUCAGCAUCUUCACCAUCUCCUAAGGCCAGAACUCUUGAAAACUUGGAUUGCGAUAAAUCAAUGUCAUCUGCAUCUAACACACCAGAUCGGGCAGGCAAAAACAGUAUAUGUUCACCAGAACAGAAAAAUGACGAUGCUGUGCAGCUUCAGGAAAGCAUUAGUUUGGAAUGUGAAUUGAAGUCGCCUACACUGUCUGGGACCAACAUUUGUACGGAACAAAGAAGCCUUGGCUCUCCAGUGCCAUUUGGGGACAAGCUUGCACAAAAAAAGAGAUUACCUAUUGAAAAAAAAAUGAACGAUUCACCAAGACCUGAAGAUUGUCACAAGGAAUAUCAUGCAACUAUUCAGGAUACCACCCCAGCAAAGUUCCACGAGAGAGAUUUUGGAGCAUCCCCAAAAAGUUCAAGUCACAUUGCAGCGCCUAAUGAUGAGGGUAGAGCAAGAUUAGAAAGAAGUAUCUCAAGGUCUCCAAAAAGGAGUUUCAAAGCUACCUUGUCUCCAAGCAAGUCCCCAUCUCUGGUAACUUCUAAAAGGGCAGACUCUUGUCAUUCUCAAAGCCGGACACCUUCCCCUGAUAAAUCUGUGAAAAAGGAGUCACCCCUUCAAAAGAGGUCUACCCCCACAAGAAAAGGUUCUAAAUCUCCAAGUGCAGACCGAAAGACAGAGAGCAACUCAGAUUCAUCUUCUGAAGACAGUAGUUCCGAUUCGUCAAGUGAAAGUGGACACAGCUCUUCAGAAGGGGAAUCAAAGCGUGUUCGUUUAGAUGCCUCUCCGAGGAAGGACACUAUCCAAGAUCCUCCUCCAAUAAGGCGUAUUGCCUCCCCAGUCCAGAGCAAAUCAUCUGUCCCUCUAAAACAUGAACCAGUCAAAGAUGUUUUAAGAAAGAGCCGCUCAGUGUCUAAGUCACCAGUCAGAGAGAAAGAUCGCUCGUCUUUGGCAGGCAGGGAGUCGCCGAGGCAGAAAAGACGAUCCCUGUCACAGUCUCCUUCCAGAAAAGGAACAUCUAGAACACCACCACGGCACAAGGCUAGGACACCUCCCAGAGCAUUUAGAUCCCGCUCAAGGUCAAGGACCGAUAGGCGGUUUCGUAGAGAGCGCUCACGAUCAUCCCCGAGGCGUUAUCCCUCACGUUCACCUUCCUGGCAGGAGCGAAGGCGGUGGGGCCGUCGCAGGUCUCCUUCGCCGCCUAGGCGAGGGCGCUCUAGAUCUAACACAAGGGCUGAGAGAACUUGGCGUUCUCGACGAGGCCGUUCUGGGUCUUCCCCUUGGAGAGGCAGAUCAAGAUCAUUGUCUAGACAUGAAGCGUCUCGUUAUCCCCGCCGUGGGAGGUCCAGAUCUUCUCCUAGAAGAAGAUCAAGAUCCCCACGUAGACGGGAUAAGCAAACCAGUUACUAUCGCAGGGAAAGAUCCAGCUCUUCAAGGCGAAGGAGAUCUCGGACUCCACAGAGGAGGUCCCGUUCCCCUGCAAAGAGAGCCAGGUCCCGCUCGCCUGAUAGAAACAAGAAUUCCCAGAGCUCCAGAGCUGCUGGUUUGCCUAGUGAUGGGCAUUCGCCAGCAAUUCAAGAGAAAUCCCAUGGUACUGAUGAGAGGCCAGUGUCAGAAAAAUCUAGGCUGUCUCAAAAAAGUGACCUUUCCCCUGUGCGGACUGAAAGCCCAGCUUGUAAAAGCUGUUCAGCCUCCCCAUCUAAUUCCACCUCUCCACAUAAAUCUGGCAUUGUUGUUUCAACAAAGCUGAAGUCCCCAUCUCCCCCACUUCUGGAAAAACACACAGAUAAAGUGGAAGGAAGUCCAGACACUAAACAGUCUGGGUACACAAAAAAAGAUAUUGCUCCCAACAAGAGAGACUCAGGCAUACUCUUGCCUAGCAGCAAGGGUUCCCCUGCACAGACGGAGCAUGUCCUGGAUGAAUGUAGCAGGUCACCACCAAGACUACUUAGAGCACCAGCUGGCUCCGAAACAACUGCAGCAUCUAAAAGUGGGGAAGACCAGUCCGAUGUAAUAUUCCAAGACCAGAAAAGAGAGAGUAAAGAGUCCCCAAAAGAUGAGGCUCUAACGCUGACUGAAAGCCCAGCCUGUACCAUGAUGGCAAAUGUAGAAAAUAGGAAGGAGAGGAUCGCAUCACCGCCACUGACCUCUGUUGGAGAAACCGUGGCUUCACCAUCUUUGACCACAAAGUCAAGAAGGCAGAGUAGUUCGUCGGACAGCUCUUCCUCUUCGUCCUCAAGCUCAGACUCUAGUCCCAAGAAGCCUUCUGUGGAUUCCGGGAAUGUACCUGCUGUGGACAGGGUUCCCAGCCCCAUGACGGCUGAACCCCCCAAAGCAGCAGAGCCCCCUGUUCCUUUAGAAAGGAAACGGAGCUCACGGAGCCGCAGCUCAUCCGCUUCUUCAUCAUCAUCUUCCUCCUCGUCAUCCUCCAGUUCUUCGUCCAAUUCCGAUUCCUCCAACUCGUCAUCCUCUUCCUCGAGCUCCUCCUCAUCUUCCUCCUCCUCAUCCUCCAACAAAGCCAGCAGCAAAAAAGCAGCGUCUCCCGUUACUAGAAGGUCACGCAGCCCACGGAAACCUAUCGACUCUCUGCGUGACUCCCGGUCUCUAAGUUACUCCCCAGAAGAACGUAGGCGUCAACCAUCUCCCCCACCCCCGCGAAGGAGAGAAAGGGAUUCUGGGAGGAAUCAGGAGUCGCCUGAACGGAAGAGGCGAAAGGACUCGCCCAACUCCAGAUACUCUCACAAAAGAACUUCGAGGUCUCCGUGAUCCGUCGCCAUCGAGGAAUUUUCAUAACUGUUUCCUCCAUCUAUCUGUAAUGACUAUGGGACUUGGUUCGUUCGGUGACCCUUUUUUGCCUGCAAGGGUGCAGACUAUUUACUUACAUAUUGCUUUUUUUUGGUGGGGGGGGGGGGAGCCUGAGGCAGCUGAAAUUGAGACUGAUAACAGGGGGCCUGUGACUCCCCUGAACACAGUGUGUCUGCCUGCACUACACUGGGAAUGGCUCCCCCUGCCCAUACCGCCCUGAGGAUCUUAAACACAGAAGAUGAAAUGUGAACUUCAUUAGGGUGGUGGUAUCCUCCCUCACAGGUGACUCCGCCCAGCCCUCUUCUGGGAGGUGCCAUCUAGAGACUGCGUAUACCCCCCCCCCUCCCUCCAUCUAGGUUACGUCAGUCUGACACUGCCCAGCCCUGCUCUUUCCAUCUUUCGUUCUGCAUAAGCAAUUUCGUAAUAAGUGAAUUUAAAAAAGUGAGACUUAUGUUUGUGUUUAAUUUUUUUUUUUUUUGUAAUCUGUACAGCGAGAGAAAUCCUUUCUGUCAAUAAAAGAAUGGGCAAAACCAGGAGAUUGUGUUAGUCACUGCAGAUGCACUGGGCUCAGUACAGAUAAGAGUCCCAUCAGUUCAUCAUCUGCAGUUGUCUUGCUGGCAACAUUUGUACCAUGGCUUCCAUGCUGUGCCCAUUCCCGUGUGUGGCUGCUCUUUAAACAAAACAAACCCCACCGGGCGCCAUUACUAGGGCAGUUGUCCUGCCUGUUCUUUUCAGAACAGAAACCGCAGCAAAUGAGAGGCAAAAGCCAGCCAUGCUGCCCCAAGGAUGCCGAUUUCCGAGGCCGAAUUCCUCCCAUCAGUGCAAGUACAGCUGCAGCCUCUCUGGUCCCUGCCUUCAGGGGCGUCCGUAGGAACAGCGGGGCCUUCCAAAGGACAGUACAUCCAGUUCAGUGCUGUGCUCCGUGGGUAUCCUGGAUCUGCCUCCACAUUGCCACCUUGGAAUUUCCAGUACUGCGUGCCCUUGAAGAAAUAGGUGUCACCUGUGGGGCAAAAAUGUAGAAGAGCGAGUUAGAGAAUUGGGCAUUAUUUACAUAAAGAAUUGCCCUCUAAUGGAGACUGGGGUGGAACAUGAACAAGUGCAUUGCAAUGGAACUAUAGGGAUUCAGGGGCCAUCAAGAAACUUCUACAGGUCUUUGUGAGGACCUUCUAGAGAAAGGUUAGUCAGGCUUGGUCUGUUGUGCAGGGAACAUAGCACUUGGUGAUUGAGGUGCUGGCUUAGUCACCUGUUUGGGAAGUUCCAGCGGUCAGAUCCCAUUGGCUAGGUAGUUUUGCACAAAGGGGUGUGGGUAUUGGUUGGUGAGAAACUAUUAUAGGAGGCAGAGGUGGGUCAAUAGGGGUUAGAGAUCUGAAUCUCUUGAAGGUGAUUUUUUUUCAUUUGGGAGAUGAGGUUCCAUUCCUGCUAAAUACCCAUGGGCGAGACUGAGAGAGUAGAUGUGCUUUGUGUCCCACUGGACGUUCAUCUUCCGAAGCUCCUUUCUACGCCUAUGGAGGCAGGGCUCGGUAAUACUUAUGCAGUGCCCAAUGUCUCCCUCUGGGGGCAGCAUUAAUGCCUGCAUAAGGAAACCUUAAGUCAGUCUCUAAGAGCACUCCUUUUGUGGAAAGGUAUUCUUGCUCCAUCUGGGACAGAUAUUAGGAAUAACCUUUGUCGAUAGGGUGGGUCAGUCAGAAUAGCCCCCGAGGAACAGCAAGGAUUUUGGCAAAGGUGCUGUAUAUCUGAAGGAUAAUGUGUUGGAUUUUAUUUUUAAAGAGUAGCUUCAAUAAAGUCAUGUUAUUUGUUUUGGA